GUGAGAAUGCUAAUCUACGGCCCCCUUUCACCUGGUCAGGUGUCAUUUUUUCUUGGAAUUGUGCCAGUAUGUGCUGCUUGGUUAUAUUCAGAGUAUUUGGAGUACAAGAAAAAUUCAUCAUCAUCCAAAGUUAGGCAUUCUGAUAUCAAUUUGGUUGAGUUGGGAAAUGAAGCAGUCAAAGAAGAUGAUAGAGCUGUCCUAUUGGAAGGAGGUGGUCUUCAAUCAACAUCGCCUAGAAUCAGAAGUUCAUCUGUGACAUCUCAGAUAACUAGGUUUUUCUUGAUGGAUGAAACUCUCUUGCUUGAAAAUCGAUUAACUCUGAGAGCAAUAUCAGAGUUUGGAGCCCUUUUGACUUACUUUUACCUAUCUGACCGUACAAAUCUGUUUGGUGAAUCAAAAAAGAGCUACAAUCGUGAUCUUUUCAUCUUCCUCUACUUCCUUCUCAUCAUUGUCUCAGCAAUCACUUCUUUUAAGAUCCACCAUGAUAAGUCUCCUUUCUCCGGAAAAUCUAUAAUGUAUUUGAAUCGGCAUCAAACUGAAGAAUGGAAAGGAUGGAUGCAGGUAUUAUUUUUAAUGUAUCACUACUUUGCUGCCACCGAAAUUUACAAUGCUAUACGAGUUUUUAUAGCUGCAUAUGUAUGGAUGACUGGGUUCGGGAAUUUCUCUUACUACUACAUCCGCAAGGAUUUCAGCAUUGCAAGAUUCACUCAGAUGAUGUGGAGGCUUAACUUCUUGGUAUUCUUUAGCUGUGUUAUCCUUAACAACAAUUACAUGUUGUAUUAUAUAUGCCCCAUGCACACUCUUUUCACACUGAUGGUUUAUGGGGCCCUUGGUAUAUUCAACAAAUACAAUGAAAAUGGGACAGUUAUUGCCGUUAAAUUCAUUGCCUGCUUCUUGGUUGUUAUUCUGAUGUGGGAAGUUCCAGGAGUCUUUGAAGUGGUUUGGAGCCCAUUUACUUUCUUCCUUGGAUAUGCUGACCCAGAUCCUUCAAAACCAAAGCAGUCUCUCUUGCAUGAAUGGGAAUUCCGUUCAGGUCUUGAUCGUUACAUAUGGAUAAUUGGGAUGAUAUAUGCAUACUACCAUCCAACAGUAGAGAGAUGGAUGGAGAAACUUGAGGAAACUGAAGUGAAACGUAGGAUAUCAAUAAAAGCAGCUGUUGCCCUAAUGUCACUCACGAUGGGAUAUCUUUGGUAUGAGUACAUAUACAAGCUUCCGAAGGUCACAUAUAACAAAUAUCAUCCUUACACAUCUUGGAUACCGAUAGCUGUCUACAUAUCCUUGCGGAAUGUUACCCAAUAUUUUCGUAGCUACUCGUUAACCCUUUUUGCAUGGCUCGGGAAGAUCACUUUGGAGACUUAUAUAUCCCAAAUCCAUAUAUGGUUAAGAUCUGGUGUGCCAGACGGACAGCCUAAAAAGUUGCUGUGUUUGAUCCCCGACUACCCGUUGAUGAACUUCAUGCUUACCACUGCCAUAUAUGUUGCAGUUUCUCACAGAUUAUUUGAAUUGACAAACACUUUGAAAUCCACAUUUAUUCCCAUGAAAGAUGAUAAACGUCUUGGCUACAACAUAGUUGCGGCUUUAGUUGUAUCAGGUCUUCUAUAUGUCUUGUCCUCUGUAUUUCUAAGGGUACCUCAGAUGCUGGUGUAAAUGCGUAACGUACAUUAUAUGAAGGCAGAUACAAUUUGUGAGCCAGCUACAACUGGCUACAGUUUCUUUUUUUAAAUGAUUAAACAGAGA